CUGGAUACAGCGAAAAUGACGAUAUAUCAUGACCAAUGUUAUUAUCCGUAAUGGUGAUGAUAAAUAACGUAUUACCGAAUUGUUCUGCUUUAAGUCGAUUUUUACUCGUAGAAGAAAAUGCAUCCCACCGCCGUAGUCAACAUAUUGAAACAGGACAAAAUCGCGCUUGAAAUGGAAAGUCAUCAAAAUAGAGCACUUUCUGUAUUUAUUUGCUGUUCUUAAUCGCGAUUAGUCUUUAAUUAUGAUUAGCUCGGCCACUUUGUUUAUUUAACCGUGAUUAAAAUAGUGUUAAUCAUGAUUAAAAAAAGGGUGUGGCUACACUAAAACAUCGUUAAUCAUAAUUAACAAAAAUCAUGAUUAAGGCUGUAGUGUGACCGUAGUGUAAGAUUAUGUUCUGUUGAGAUAUUUCACGCUGGUGUAUCUGAUAUUCAGUGGAUUUAGGUUUACAUGUUAUAAAUAUGUUUGACACAUAUCAUACAGUUGAAGAAGUAAAUUUAUUAUCGUUAUCAUUAGCUUAUUGA